UGAAUAUAUUGCCAUAAAAGAUGAACCUACAAAAAUUAACAUUUAUAUAAAGGUCGACUAAGUCGAGUGCUUAAUUACAAACCUCUAAGAAGGCUCUAAACAGUAAAGAAAUCAACCAUUCGCCAUUUCAAAACCCUCUUGAUAUUCAAUUAUGAACCCUUUGAAGUUCUUGUUAAUCGUUGUGGCCAUCUUGGUGGCCUUAUGUCCAGCAAUAGUCCAAUCUCGACAAAUAAAAUGUGACCAGGUUGGUGAGAAUUGCAUCGAGGAUGGAGAAGAGACCAUGAAAAUGAGAUUAGGUUUGGAUGUGAGCCGUAGGAUUCUCCAAGCCACACGAUAUAUAAAUUACGAUGCAUUGAAGCACGACGUACCAGCUAAACAACAUGGUCAAGAGGACCGAGCGGAUAACACAUAUCGUCGAGGUUGUACUCUCGCUACAGAAUGUUAUCGGCUUACGAAUUAAACAACAGGAAUACUAAUUUUUAUUUUUAGUGCAACUCAGAAACAAAAUAUAGUUUUUUUCCCUUAGUUUACAU